AUGAGCUGUUUUCGCUGCUUCAUUUCUCACACUUCUCGCCUGUGGAACUCCCUCCUCAUUUCUUGUUUCCCUUAUAGCUCUGAUCUAUCCCCUAACAUUCUCUUCAUCCUUUCCUCUAUCUUUGCGCUCACUCCAACUCUCUGUAACCCUUUGCCUACUAGUGGCUUCCCGCCUUGUUUACUUCCGUGCAUAAAUAAAUAUAACUAUAUCUAUCUAUCUAUCUAUCUAUCUAUCUAUCUUUCUCAGUUUGUUCAUAUCUAUGUAUCUAUCUUAGCCUGUUCAUAUCUAUCUAUCUAUCUAUCUAUCUAUCUACUAUCUAUCUUUCUCUCUCUCCCUCUCGCUCUCCUUCUCUCUCUCUCUCUCUCUAUAUAUAUAUAUAUAUAUAUAUAUAUAUAUCAAUUUGUUCAUAUCUACCUAUCUAUCCCAUGUAUUCAUAUCUAUCUAUUUGUAGAAGCAUUUGCUCCAUUAUGA